GUAGACAAAGAAAUCUAGAUGGCGGGGAUGGAGAGAGAAGAGAGAGCGAGACUGGCAAAGAAGCGGAUGGGGACCCACACUCCCCACCGGGGAUUUUCUACCGCCCGAAUUUCUUCUUUCGAGAAAAUCCUCCGCAGUCGACGGUUUUCGCAUUUUGCUCGCGCAGUCUUCUGUCUCCAAAGUACUCAAGCAACGUCGAUUCUUCAUAGCCUCCCACCGAACCACUCGUGUCCACUUUCGAAAUGGGUCCUCCUAGGCGCAAGGUUCUCGCUACGGCGGAAGAGACCAUGUUCCCGCCGGAUGAGCUGCCUCAGGGCCAUCUGAUCGCCCGGGCUAUCAAGGCGACCGGAAACAACAUCUACUCAGUGGAACUUCCCUCGAAGGAAUCGGUUUUGGUGGAGCUCCCUGCCCGCUUUCGGUCGACCAUCUGGAUCAAGCGGGGUUCCUACGUGGUGAUCGAUGCCAAUGCCCUUGAGGGCCGCGACAACAAGCUCAAGGGAGAGAUUGUCAACAUCGUCCGUGAUGAGAAAGCGUGGCGCAAAGCCCCAUUCUGGUGAGUGGAUACUUCAAUCGCGAUGCCUGGGGCUACUACUGAUCCCUUUGCAGGCCAAAGGAGUUCGCUAAACAAGCUGUUGUUGUCGCGGACGACUCGGACGAAGAGGAUGAAUCCAAUGUCGG